GAAUAUGUUCCGACCAACUCGGAAGGAAAAGAAAAGAGCUGCUUGGCGUCGCCCGGCGUCGUGUACAGAGAUGUAAACUUAAGAUGAUUGCUCUGGUCUUUUUUUGUUUGUUUGUUUACUUGUUGUUUUGUUUUGUUGUGUUUCAUGUGUUGUGGUUUUUGUUUGGGUAUGAUUUGGUUUGGUUUUUGUUUUUUUUUAUUUUGUUUUGUUUUUUGGUCUUUGAAUGUAGUGAUAUUAACGGCAUUUUGAUGUUUUUAAUUUUAUAUCAGAGUGACGGUGCGGCGGUUAGUACGGCAGCUCACAGCAAAACAAAAGACAGAAAAAAGAAAUGAAAGUACUCAGUUUUGUUAUUUGAAACAACGUGAAAGCUACACAUGUGCUGAAAUUUCGAACAGCUUUUAAACACUGUAAACUGACGGCAGCAGGAGGACGUACGUUAAAGGCAAGCGACCCUCGGGACAUGUGACGCGGUCGCUUUUUGCGUACAGUUGAAGCAUCUUUUCGACAGACGAUCUUCAUGUUUGAUCAGCUGACGUGGGAAUGCACUUGUUACAAAACAUUAGAAUUUAGCAAACAGCAGUUCAGCGUAAUUUGAAAGCAGAGAAAAGGGAGCGCGUUAUCAAACGUGAUCAACCUGAAUGUAGUUACCGAAGUAUGUUAACCAAUGGAUCCUACUACAACCGUAGCUCCUAUGCAGAACGACUGUGAAACAGAGACACAUUCAGUGUGGAGCUGGUGGCCUUCCUGGCGCCCUACUUCCAUGUCCCUUUUGAAGAGAACUGAGUCAAAGAUUCUUGCAUGUAUUCAGAAUGACCUAUGGGCCAGGUUUGUGACACUACCAAACCAGUGCCGGAUAUGGACUCUGACCAUCACCAACAAGGUGGUUCGCAAACCUGCAGAACAAGCACCUAAGACUCCACUGGUAAUGGUUCAUGGCUUUGGAGGAGGGGUGGGUCUGUGGAUCAGGAAUCUAGAUGCCCUGAGCCAGUCGCGGCCCGUCUAUGCAUUUGACCUCCUUGGUUUCGGCAGGAGUUCCAGACCUCCCUUCCCUUCAGAUGCUGCCAAGGCAGAGGAACAGUUUGUUGACUCCAUUGAACAGUGGAGGCAGUCUGUAGGCCUGGAGAACAUGAUUCUGCUGGGACACAGCCUGGGGGGUUAUCUGGCAACCUCCUAUACCAUUCAGUAUCCAGCUAGAGUGUCACACCUUAUCCUGGUAGAUCCCUGGGGUUUUCCUGAGCGCCCCAAAAUCCAGAGCCAGGAGGAUCAGGGGACAGAGGUGGUGAAGAGGCCAUCCCCUCCCCGCUGGGUGAAGGUUAUUGCAGCAGUUAUUUCCCUCUUCAACCCACUUGCUGUGAUCAGAGCAGCGGGACCAUGGGGUCCAGGUUUGGUGAACAGAUUCCGUCCUGAUUUCAAAAGGAAGUUUGAAGAUCUGUUUGAUGACGACACCAUGACCCAGUACAUCUACCACUGUAACGCACAAACCCCAAGUGGAGAAGUGGGUUUCAGGGCCAUGUCAGAGUCCUUGGGAUGGGCUAAGAGGCCGAUGAUGCAGCGAGUUCAUCAGCUGCCCCCCUCCAUGCCUGUCACUAUGCUGUAUGGAGCACAGUCCUGGGUGGACAGCUCAUCUGGGCACCGAGUGGCUCAGAUUAGAAACCACUCCCACACCAGAGUGCUGCUGAUAAAUGAAGCCUCCCAUCACGUGUAUGCUGAUCAACCAGGGCAGUUCAACAGAGUUGUUGAAAAUAUUUGUAAAUCUGUGGACUGAACACACGUUUGUGGGACUGAACUGUUCAUCGUGGUGGUCUUAGCACCAAGACUUUUGCAUGUGAAGCAUGCUGGAUGGUUUUCCAUCGGGGCAUUUUGAGACCCCACGAUUUUGAUUGUAAAUGUUUUCUUAAAUGGAACAAGUUAUUAUUAUUAGCUUGUUAUAUUAUUAGUAUUAUUAUUAUUAUUAUUCCAGUAAAGCUUUUUGCUGAUAUUUGUUAGUGUAUUUAGUAUUCUGUACGUUUAUUUCUGAUGCGUUCACGUAGAGCAUUAACUCAGCUUCUAGUGCUGAAUUGUAUUGCACUGUCAUAUUCUUUUAACAUUAAUUGGAACGCACACAUGGUUAUGGAUGCACUAAGUUUAUUUAUUUCUAACCAGCCACAUGCCUUCAACAUGUGCCUGACAAGUUUUCUUCUUUAAUCUUUGUUCUCCUCCUCUCAUUGUAUCAAUCAGCUAUCUGUUUUUUGCACAAUGAAACCAGUAAAAAGCUCAUUUCAACUA